AGAAAGGGAAGGAGAGCACUUUGAUUCUUUGGACACGAGAAAAGGUGGAACAGUGCUAGUAGCAGUAGUUAAAUAGUGGCAAUAAUUGUUUGGUGGUAGCUUUUUGGGAAUCCCGGCGCCACUGUUUCCAUCUCCUAGCGCUGAAUUCCAAGAGAUCUCAUCACAUCUCUCUCUCUCUGUUCUGGCGAUCACGGCAGUAGCAGGCGGCAGCAAUUCCUCGUCGUCGUCUCGUCUCCCUUGGGUGGUGGUGGUGCAAGUUGCGGUGGAAUCGGCACACGGCUUUGGCUUUUUGGGCAGAUAUAGGCAGCGCAGAGAGGGGGAGGGGGAGGUGAGGGAAGGGCAGAGGAGCUUCUUUCUUCCUCUUCCUGCUGCUUGGCUGUUGCGUUUGGGAAGGCGGGGCCGCCGCUUUUCUGGGACUGUCCCCUGCCUUCCCAUUGGCCUGCGCAAAGGUGGACGGCACCAUUUAAAGGAGGCGGGGAUCGAGCCAAAGGAGGGAAGCUAGCGCCACCACCUCAGUGUUGCACUGCACGGCCGCGUCGCACUCCUACUCGCUGCCGCCGCCGCCGCUGCUUCAGAGGCACGCGAAGAAUUUGCGCCGCCGCUCUGUUCUGCCUCUGCCUCUGCCUCUAGCGGGUGCUUCACGCCGCGGUUAGCGGCGAGGGGGAACGGACGGGCGGAAAGAUCGCGCCUGGGACAGGAAGUGCAGCCUUCUAAAAUCUGGUUGUUACUGUUAAAGAGAUAUAUUUGCUAAAGUUUUAAAAUCACCAUCUUAAUUUGGAUGGCACCCUUGGUUACUUUGGUGAGUUUAUGGAGUUCUAGAUGCCGAACUCACCUGCGCUUCAUCAAAAUGGAAGUGUAACUCGUGCUAGAAAGUUCCCUCGUUGAAAAAGAAAGUUUCAAGGGGGGCAACAACGUCAAGCAUUCUUCCUAAGCUUGAUUAUGCGUUUUUGAGGCUGAAGUGAGAGCAAAGAAUUUCUGGCAUGCAGAUGUCAACAAAUCCUAACCACUAUACGGCAUUUCCACAUUCAUUCUGCAACCAACAUGUGGUCUCAUUCCAGACAAGCACAAUUACCAAUGGCUCAGGAACCAUACCAGUUUGCCCAGCCACUUCGGGAGGGAUGAACGGCAAUCUGACAAUGCUGAACGCUACACCUUCAACUAUUGUUUCAACUGCUUCACCAAAUAUGCUUGCUGAUAACCAGAGCCUCAAGUAUGCAGCACCGAUGGCCGUGGAUUGGUCAUAUCCUGAGUUACAACUGCUGAACGAUGGCCUCCUUAAAUAUGCAAAUGAACCGGGAAUCAUGAAGUAUAUCAAGAUAGCAGCUAUGUUACCAGAGAAGACAGUAAGGGAUGUAGCCAUGAGAUGCCAAUGGAUGGCGAAAAAGGAAAGAGCUCCAAGACGAAAGAAGAGUGAUGAACAUUCUCUUGGAAAAAAGACAAAAGAUCGAAAGGAUAAAAUGGUGGAGUCCUCAUGGGCUACCAAUCAACAUGUUCGGACAACAGAUGUUAUAAGUUCUUCCGAUGUGGCAUGUAAUAAUGUUCAUGAUAAUCAAUUUCAGUCUGGAGCCUCUGAAAUCGAUCGUGCGAUGCUUAAUGUAUUGGAAGAAAACGCUCAGCUUCUCAAAAAAAUAGGAGAAAAUAUUAUGACAUCACAGGCUCAUAACAAUAUCGAUCUAUUCCAUCACGCAAGAAGGAACAUCAUUGAUCUUCUACAAAGCAUGAGCCAAAUGCCUGGGAUAAUGAGCGAAAUGCCCCCAUUGCCAGUUUCAAUGGAUGACAGGCUAGCUAAUUACAUACUCCCUGCGGUCAAUUUGGCACAAGUUUUUGGCAGCAGCCAUUUCAGGAGUUAGGAGGAUGGUAAGCCAUAGUCAAACAAGUUAGCUGCUAAAUUUCAGCAGUAGUUUGAUGAUGAUGUUUGGAGAGCCAUUAGCUUCGAUGUGUGCAUGGAAAUUGGAGAAGCAGAGACGAAACAUUGAUCUUGCUUUUCCUGUGCCUGAAAGCUUAAGGAAAGAAAAUGCAACUCGAAUGGCCUUCAAAUAAAGCAGUCGAGCGUGCCUUCUAUCGAAGUCCGCAAGCUAUAUAUAUAUAUUAUAGUAGUGAUCAAAAUAGGGAGAGUUUUUCGGCAACUGCAGUUUUACUCAUCUUGUUGCACAUAUUGAUUCUUUUUGGUUUCCCCUGAUGUCUUGCUCCAGACCAAGUGGCCAUCUUAACAAGAGGUGUAGCAUAGAAAUUUGAUAUGAAUAAUUAGCUGGAAAAGCCUUUUUGUUAGUAAUACAAGGUAAUCUGUCUGUGUGUAGUGCAAGUGCUUACUCUGGGAUCUCUCUCCACUCUAUGUGCCAAGUAUGAGUUCUUUUACUAUCUUUCAAAUGAAAAGAAACAUUGAGGUAUCACAUUUUGUUGUGUAAAAUCAUGGUAAUAUGUAUUUUUAUGAUCAUUGAAAACUACUCGGAGGUAUUAUAUUUUAAGUGUAAAAUUUUUGUAU